AUGGCCUCUACACGCGCCGUCUCAAGGCUUGUCAUCCACUUCGCUCUAGCCUGUCUUCUCUCGGCCCUUCUCACUGUCAAUGCGCGGAGUGCAGUAUCUGCUCAAUACGUCCUCAAGCGAGACGAUGCUGACGACAAAACACACAUCGGCUCGGCUGCGGCUCAACACACUGCAUCAGAACAUUCCAAGAAGGAGCACGAGCAACCUUCUCAACACGGCACUCACCGCUCAGCAAACAACAAAGGGGACGGUCUGAGCGAACAUACCCUCAAGUCGUGGCUGCAUAGGCUCGGCCUCAAGGCGAACAACCACCAGGCUACCGCGCUAUAUCACAGGAUCCAGACAAAGGAGCAUCGCCACCGCCAUGGAAAGAGUCACGCUGGACACGAAGCCAGCGGAAGAUCGUCGCGGAAUGGUUCGCAUCAUGAGGGCAAAGCCGGUCGUGCGAGGGGCAGUGGCGGCAAGGGAAAGAUUACGCGACCUGUGCCCGUUGUCGUCACGUCCCCUGGGCUGAGCAGGCCGCGAGGGGGCUCAGACGGAGUCGGACACUCUUCCAUGUCUCCAACAACGCAGAACUCUUCGCCUAUCGCAGCUGCUGUGGCUCCUCUGCCAGAGCCAGCCAGUACCUUGCCUGCGCCGACAUCAUCCCGCUCAUCCAACCAGUCGCGUUUCGGCGAUCAAUUCAUCCCUCCUCCCGUGCCCAUCGGCGGCGUCGUCUCUCCCGACACGCUGCCGCCGCUCACCAUCCCUCCUUCAUCAACCUCAUGCACAUCGGAGGGCGGCACAUCCGGCAUUAGUCCUUCCUCCACUCCUCCUCCCUUCAACAAAAACCUCAUCGAUGGCGGAGACGCGCGACUCGAUCCGCUCCUCAACUCCUCAAACAGUAGCGGACAGAGCAUCUCUGGUAUCCCCAUCGCGAGGGACGACGGAGACGCGAAAGCUGUGCAGCCGCAAGUGGCGAAUGCGACGAAGACCGGUGCUGGAGGAAGAGUGGGUUCGGGGGCAGGGAGGGGGAUGGAGUUGGACGGGGCUACUUGGACCAUCGUAGCUGUGGGCAUAGGACUGGUGGUCACGGUCCUGUUCUUCGCAGUGUGA